AUGUCACACCCUCAAGAACCUACGCGACAGCCCACCGUCGACGAGACGGAACGCUACAAGGUCACACUGCACCGCGCCGCCAUCGCAUGUCUCGUAGUCUGCCCAGCUCUUGCCGCUCUACCGCCGCGCAAACUAGACUUCUACACAAUCUCUCUGGUCGGCAUGACUGGCUUCUCCGCAAACUACCUAUACCGUGAAUCACAAGGCCAAAGCAUCUGGAAAGUCAUUGGCGGCUCGAAGGCCGAGGAUAUGCGACCAAAGGGCGACACAUCACUACCCACCGACAAGGCUCGUGAGUUCCAGCGUCAAUUGAAGCUGCAACGCGAGGCCAGAGCCGCUGGCGACAACCCUGGAGUUGAGGCUGCCCAAGAGAACAAGCAAAAUAUCCUUGAGCAGGUCUACUAUGGAAAUGAAAAGCCCGAGGGCUGGCGAGCACGCAGAGCACAAGAAGACCAGAAGGCUCUUGCUGAGGGCAAGGGUCUGAGCGACAUCAUCCUCGACCAGAUCUGGGACGUCUGGACUUGGGGCAAGCACAAGGAGGCUCAGGCCGAGGCCGAAGUCAAGUCAGAGGUUGAGAAAAAGAACUAG